CAAGUAUCCAAUAUAUCUCGUCGCAGCCAGUCCCUCCAAACUCUCCUUCUCCCAACACCACAAUCGCCUCUGUCCCGUCGACUGCAUUAUCCUUCUAACUUUUUAAUCACACCAAUUCACAUUCAAUAUGUCCAGCUCUCUUGAACAGCUCAAGGCCUCUGGCACCGUUGUCGUUUCUGACACUGGUGACUUUGCUGCCAUUGGCAAGUACAAGCCUCAGGAUGCCACCACCAACCCUUCUCUCAUCCUGGCCGCCUCCAAGAAGCCCGAGUACGCCAAGCUGAUAGAUGCCGCCAUCGCCUACGGCAAGAAGGAGGGUGGCGACAUUGACAGCCAGGUCGACCACGCUCUCGAUCGCCUGCUGGUCGAGUUCGGCCGUGAGAUUCUCUCCAUCAUCCCCGGCAAGGUCUCCACCGAGGUCGACGCUCGAUUCUCCUUCGACACCAAGGAGUCUGUCAACAAGGCUCUGCACAUCAUCCAGCUCUACAAGGAGCAGGGUAUCCCCAAGGAGCGUAUCCUGAUCAAGAUUGCCUCCACCUGGGAGGGCAUCAAGGCCGCCGAGAUCCUCCAGCGUGACCACGGCAUCAACUGCAACCUGACCCUCAUGUUCUCCCAGACCCAGGCCAUCGCCGCCGCCGAGGCCGGUGCUUUCCUCAUCUCUCCCUUCGUCGGCCGCAUCCUUGACUGGUUCAAGGCCAGCACCAAGAAGGAGUACAAGAAGGAGGAGGACCCCGGUGUCGCCUCCGUCAAGAACAUCUACAACUACUACAAGAAGUUUGGCUACAAGACCAUUGUCAUGGGAGCUUCUUUCCGAAACACUGGCGAGAUCACUGAGCUCGCUGGCUGCGACUACCUGACCAUUUCCCCCAACCUGCUCGAGGAGCUCCUCAACUCCAACGAGGCCGUCCCCAAGAAGCUGGACGCUGCCGGCGCCUCUUCUCUGAACCUCGAGAAGAAGUCCUACAUCAACGACGAGGCCCUCUUCCGAUUCGACUUCAACGAGGACCAGAUGGCCGUCGAGAAGCUGCGCGAGGGUAUCAGCAAGUUUGCCGCCGAUGCCGUCACCCUCAAGGACAUCCUCAAGCAGAAGCUGUCUGCGUAAAUAAAGCCGCUAGGAGGCAAAAUUGGGUUUUUUUGGUUUGAUUUUUUGGGCUGUUGAUAAGAACGUAUGAAAAAGGUCUUUCAAAAUGUGAAUAUGGAGACCCACGAUUCCCUUUAUGUUUGUUAUCUAUGCCUUUUGAAAAAGCUCUUGUAGAAAUUUAGCAAAUGAAAAAAAAAAUUGGGAAAACUUGUUGAUGCUUGAUGAAACGCGUUACAAAUGGUAUAGCUUGUAUCGCACAUUGUUUAUUAUAUUGUACAAGAGCUAUAUACUAUCCGUCACUUUGAUAUUCCCUAAACACAACUCGAUGUGGUAUCUAAAUCUUGCCAUCAUU